AGCUGAGAUUUGCCGCAAGCUCUCCCGUCGCUCGAGGCCCUGCCCAAAUUUCCAGCCUGGCGCGCCGCAUUUGCGCGGCGCCUCACGGUCUCGAUGAGCGCGUUGGCCAAGCAGCCCAUACGACGGCUGCUCCUCACGGCGUACUGCGGCACGGCGUGCUGCGUGUUCUUUGUCGUGUGCGUCUUGUCCGUAGCCCUGCUCGUGAUGUUGAGAGACACGGUGCUGGAGGAGUCCGAGGAGGCUCUCCGCAACCAGAUCUACUUGAACAGCGGCCACCUGCUCACCGAGAGCGGGGAGGUGUUCUCGGCCAAGCUCACCACUGGCCUCCAGACCCUUGCGCUGCCGGCGGCGUACUCUGUGGCCGACGUGCACUUCAGGGGGGACUCAUACUCGACGAGGCCGGGCAGGAGCUACGCCGACACGAGCGUCAAUCAUCUGAAGCAGGACGGGAUCACUACGGCUGGCGGGCUGUUCGCGUGCAACGCCAGCGAGCCCCUCGCCGACCAGAGCCGGCGUGGCUGCGUGAGCAGCUUGCGUCGGUAUUCCCCUGGGACCUCCUCCUGCUAUUUGUCGGGCGUCUUCCCAUUCAACGGUGGCUGGCGGUCAUACUCGUAUCCGAGCGAGUCGGACAACCUGCUGGAGGUGUACGCCGCAUCCCCGUUUGUCGAAGACGGGGUUCGCACCACCGCGGUGAUGGAUGACUUCAUCCGCGUGCCGUUCGAGAACAUGCCUGGAUGGAACGGCGCAUACGUCGCACUUGAACACGUCGAUUCCGCCGACGCAGGAAGUCCUAGUUCUUUCCGCCAGUUUCCUGGGUUCGUCGGUGACCUUACGAACUCGGGGGGCAAACGAACUUACAACCCAAGCACGCGUCCAUGGUACACCAGCCAUGCGUCUAAGCCAAUCGUCAGCAUGGACAAUGAGAAGCUUGGUCAGUACGAGAUGGAAGUCACCGAGCCGUACCUCGACAAGUUUGGCAACGGCUAUCUGGGUCGGCGGAUCUCGAUCACAGCUUCGAUUCCGCGAUCCAGCGGCGCUCUUCCGGGCGUCGCCGGCACGGACAUCCUGAUCGAGCAGUUGCUAAGCAUCGUCAGCGACCUGAAGCUGAGGCAGACAGGCGAGGUUCACCUCUACCACUUCGAGUCGGAGACCGUGGCGGCUUCCCCGCAGUGGUCGGCCGCCGCUGAUGGCGGCACCAUGCGGAUUACCGACGUCAAGCUGGACGACGAGGCCAGCGCGACAGCAACGAUCCCGUCGGGCAACGACUGCGAUGGCCACACGGAGUUCGAUGAGCAUCUGGUCAUUCGGCGGCCAGCGUGGGACGGCGAUUACUGCCUCGCUGCCGUCGUCAAGAUCGCAGAGGUUGUGGCGCCCAUUGAGGAACAGAAGGACGACAUUGAGUCAACAGCAAAUUCAUUAGUGUUGACAGUGGUGGUGAUCAUCGUGUGCUGCUUCGUUUUUUUGGUGAUGCCCUGCACCGUACUUCUCUCCAUGCAGCUGUCCAAGCCGCUCGUGGAGACCAGCAGACAGAGCCGGAUCAUCGCGAGGAAUAUUGGUGGAGACUUGCUGCAGGACGUGUGGAUUGACUCGGGGGGGCCAGGCACCACGGGUCAGCGAAUUGUUCGGGCGGGUGAGGCAGAGAGGAAGCGUUGCUUCGACGGCGGCAUCGGAGAGGUCACUGAGCUGCGUGCGGGCUUCGUCAACACCCUCGCACAGCUGCAGAUGAAGCGCGACGCGCCGCCAACGCCCGCGCUGAACCCCCUCUUCACGAAGGUGCUGCCAGACGAGCAGGGUGACGACGCCGACCCCAACGCCCCUUCUGGCGCUGUGGCGUCCCUCGUCGAGGAGAAGGUCGGCCAAGUGACCGUCCAGUACUGCGACCCAGCGCUGCAGCGCAAGAACACCCUGAUGGUAAUCCCUGAAACGAAAUGCUACAAUCAGAUCAGCGUGCGCCUAAUUCUGCAGCUGGUGACCCCCUUGGCGGUUGCGCUGCUCGUCAUCGUCGUUGUUACGACGACGCUGAUGCUCUCCAAGAUCUCCCAGUGGAUCGGGCCAGUCACGGACAUGAUGAUUCAGGAAGAGUUGACCUCCCUGGACCUCAGGUGCCAGCAACGGGCGGAGCUCGUGAAGGAGACGGUGGGAUCCGCGAUGAAGACUUUGCUCAUGAUCCAGGCGUACGCAGCCCUGCUCUACAGUGGCUCAGCGGACAUGUCCCUCCACUCUGGUUACAACACUGCCUUUGCUGGCAUUUCAUGCCCGAGUGGAACUGGACCCUUCACCUGCAACCUGAAUUUCAGGCCUGUAAAUGAAAUUGACGAGAAGAGGGUGCCGGGGCGGCGGAUCAAUCUUGAGCAUUCGGCCUGGUUUGCGCCAUCUUCAAGCGCUGCGCCGUCUGGUUGGAGGCAGUCGUCGUCGGUGGUGUCGGACAUUGGGGACGCGUACCUAGACCAGCAAUUCGUGGACGGAGACCCGUCGUACAGUGGGAAUUCCCGCGCGUCCCACCUCGACAACGUGGCCCGGGUGGCUUAUUUUUCGUCGGACGUCACCGACGUCUAUUCAACCUCAAACGAGGCCUACCGCGUGUAUCCGUACAGGGAGUUCAGCUCGUGGUACUGGACCACCAAAGACGCCACCGUGAACGGCUGGGUGUGCGGCACCGUCACUGCAGGUUACACGCCACUUUGCCGGGAUUGGUACCAGGAUGCCGUGGCAGAGGGGGGCGACCCCGUCUACGGCACUGUGGCCUUGGAUCCAGACAGCAACCAGCCGUUUGUCCCACUCAGCGCAGCCUUUUACGACGGUAGCGGCAAGCUGGUGGGGGUGACCGCCGUCUCGUUGGGCUUAGGCAGUCUGAAGGAGACGCUCGAGAACACCCCGCUGUACGAGGGCGGCUACGCCUACAUCUUCGACGAAAACGGCAACGCGGUGAUCCACCCUGACUGGACUGUGGAGGCGAUGGCCCAGGGUACCGCCAACGUGGCCGAUCUCGCUGCCUGGGGCGACCUUGAGUUCCGCGACGCCUACCAAGCGGGCGUCGUGGGGGCAUACGGGACGACGGGAGAAUGGAACGGCGAGUGGUACAAUCCAGACACGGAUGAAAAAGAAAUUUGGUAUUAUGCCUUCAGGCAUAUCCCCGACACCCCCUAUCAGCUUGUCAUGGGCGUUUCGGAGCUCGAAGCGAAGAAGGCCGCCCAGACACUCCAGGAUGACCUGACCGCGUUGGCCAUCGGACAGUGCGUGACGACCUCCAUCAUCUUGGUCAUCACUUGCGCUGUGCUUGUCUUGGUAUCUUUGUGGGUCCAGAGGCGCUUCAUCAAUCCCGUGAAGAAGCUAAGAGACAUCGUGACCCAGGCGGAGAAGGAGGGCUACAAGACUGACGUGGACAUGGAGGACGAGGUCAUGUCCAACGAGCUCACGACCCUGAGGAUAAACUUCAAGAAGCUGCUCACGGCGCUGCGCUUCAACAACCCGGACUACCACAGGGGCAACAAGCAGCUGGAGCUGCAGAACCUCCGCGCCGCGGAGGCGAUCGUGAACGAGACGGGGAACGUCCGCGGCAUCGGCGUCUGCAAGAACAACCUGGGCAACCUGGUCCGGGGCAUGGACAAGCUCUCCAGGGAUGCUCUGCCAGCCCAGGACCGGGACCCGCGCGUGCUGCUGCAGGCGGCCGUCCAGAACGCCAAGGAACUGGCGGCGGACCCCUCGUGCUGGGACGUGACGGAGGACAACGUGGGGAGCCGCCUGCUGGGCCUGGCCAUGGCGCGCAUGGACCACGGCGAGGAAAGGAAGGCCGUGGAGGAUUUGCAGGAGGCGCUGAAGAUCCACAGGGGCACCGGCAAUUGGCAGGCGCUCGCGCGCCUGGGCUUCGUGCUGGUCACGCGCCUCGAGGCCAGCAUGGAGAAGAAGAAGAAGGGGGCCGCGACCACCACGGAGUCGAUGGCCAUGCAGGCGGUGGACAAGUUCUCCGAGGAAGCGGUCGAGGAGGCCGCCGCGGUGCUCAAGGCUUCGGGCACGAAGAGCCUGGAGGUGUACGACGGCACGCCGCUGGCACAGCUCCUCUACUGCCUGUCGGUCUUCAGGAACGACAGGCGGUACUCCCUCCACGCCCUCAACAGCAUCAUGAACCUGGACCCUCCCAUGGUCAGCCGCCUGGCGAAGCAAGUCGAGGAGGAGCCCGUCCUGACCGCCGACGCCAAGGCUCUCAUCAAGACGUCGGCUAUGGGUGCGGCGACCACCAAGAAGAAAAAGGUCAUCUGCUUCUGCAUCGACAGGACGUGGAAUCCGAUCCUUGAGGUGUGCAUCAGCUCCAUCUGCACCAUCAUCAAGGACCACGUGAGCGAGGACGACGUGGUCUGCAUGUUCGGGCUCGGCACGGGCUGGCUCAUUCAGGGCCAGGCAAAGGUCGGCAGCGGCCAGAUGCUGAUACGGCAGGUCGAGGCCGCCAAGCAGGUCAAGGGCAAGUGCCAGCUCUACAAGGGGAUGCUGGACACGCUUGGCCAUCUGUCGGGCCAUCCCGAGGACGUCAGCAAGUGGCUCGUGGUGCUCACCGAUCUUGUGGACCUGGAGGGGUCGAACCCGAGGUUUCGGUACACCGCGGUGAAGAGCGCCGUCGGAAGCAUGAGGAAGGACAGCACGCUGGCGGUAAUCGACACGUCCGCAAUCUCAGGGUGGGAGCCGGGGGACAGACGGUGGCCGAUCUUCAGGAGCAACAUGCGCGACUUUGUGCAAGAGGCCACCGCCAACGGGCACGGCGGGCACCUCCUGGUGGCCAGCGACCUCGAAGCCCUCGCGGCCAAGUUCCAGGAGGUGGGCGCGAUGAUGGCGGAGGCGGACCUCGGCGAGCACCUCUGAGCCUGCUGCCCGGGCCGGGCCGCCCGCGCGCGGUGCGGCGGCGAGGCCCCGCCCGUGCCGCCCGCGGGGCGGCACGAGGAGGUGUGAGGCCCGAGUGCCCCGGAGGCCUCAGACCCUGGAGGACUCCUCCUCCUCCUCCUCCUCCUCCUCCUCCUCCUCCUCCUCCUCCUUCUCCUCCUGGUCCGCGCUGCGAGCCGUGCUGGCUCGGGUCUCACGUUGGUAUGCUUCGAAACAGAAUAAGCACCACAAACAUAAACAUAAACAGGUGGCGCUCCGCGCUGGUUUCUCGGAUCCGCGCUGGGCCCCCCAGCGGCGCCUCCGGCACCGCCCUUGGCGCGCUCCGCGCUCCAGGGAUGGGGGUCCGGCGCGGAUCCCAGAAAUCCGCGCGGUCCUCCAAAAGUUUAUGUUUCUGUUGUUUUGUUUCUCCUCUGCUGCUGGCCGUGGCAGUUUUGCCGCGCUCCGCCUGCGAUUUUUUUUAACACAUCAAGGGCGGCGGGUCCGCGCCGCCUCGACGCGGCGACGACUCUCGGCGCGGGCGUCCGAGGCAGGGUCGCGCUCUGGGGGCCAUCCUUCAUGAGCUCCCACGGCGUGAAGUCCACGGCGAGUGCUGUGGUCGACAGCAUCGGGCGUGGCCUCGUCGUCCUUGGUUCUGCGGUGGCAGGGGCCAGUGCCCGAACCUGCGGAGGCCGUGCUCAUAAUAUUUGCUAUCACCCGCAAGGCUAAUAAAGAAUUGCCGUGCUUCUUAUAAUGCAUGUUACCAGCGGGAAAUCUAAUACAACCUUUGCUGCCUUCUAGCUCUUGACGAUGGCUCGCGCUGGAGUGUCGCUGGGCGUUGCUCGGUUCCCUGUCGAGCCUACUGCGGUUCUUGUUCCGCAGCGAUCUCCUCCAAGAACACCGAACAAGGCCGCGCAAAGAUGCCAUGUCGCAUGCAAGUGGGUGCAGAAGUUCACCCCGAGCUGUGGCGAUCUUUUUUGCGCGUCGCGUCGUUUUUAGCUCGCUAGUGUUGCACGGCCGAGAUGUGCUCGUGUCGCGCGGCCCUUGUUCGAGACAGCUCCUCGUGACGAGGAGCGGGGCCCUGCCAGCCGGACGACGCCGAGGGCGGCGACGACGACGACGACGAC